GCGCGGUGGCCGCGCAUGCGCAUAGACAGGGUCGCCCCUUCCGCCCCGUCUGUCACCUCCCGGCUGGUGCCACCGCAGCCGCGACCGGCACCGGCACCACCUGUUCCCCCCGCUCCCCUCCGCUUCCCAGAGGGAAGGGCCGUUCCACAUUGUCUGCAAGGGCUCCGGUUGCCGCCCGGCGGCCGCGCCCGCGCCCCCAUGGAGGAGCCGCUGGCGCUGCACCCCGUGAAGCUCUAUGUGUACGACCUGUCCAAGGGCAUGGCCCGGCGCCUCAGCCCCCUCAUGCUGGGGAAACAGCUGGAUGGCAUCUGGCACACCUCCAUAAUAGUCCAUAAGGAUGAAUUCUUCUACGGCAGUGGAGGAAUCUCCAGCUGUGCACCUGGAGGAACACUUCUUGGCCCCCCAGACACAGUUGUUGACCUGGGGAACACUGAAGUCACUGAAGAAAUUUUUCUGGAGUAUCUUUCCUCUCUGGGGGAGUCUAUGUUCCGAGGAGAGUCUUAUAACCUCUUUGAACAUAACUGCAACACCUUCAGUAAUGAAGUGGCACAGUUUCUGACAGGAAGAAAAAUCCCUUCCUACAUCACUGACCUUCCAUCUGAAGUUCUUGCCACACCUUUUGGACAAGCUUUAAGGCCCCUCCUGGACUCCAUCCAGAUCCAGCCACCCGGAGGAAAUACCUUCAGCAGACAUAAUGGACAGAGCUAACAGGAGUGACCGAGUGUGCCCAGCUUCAGCAGGCCUCUUCCUUUUUAAACACGAAUCUACCAGAUUUCUAUUUUAUAAUUUCCCAUCAGAAUUAACUCUGAAGAAGUUACAAGACAAGUUUUAAAAUUUCCUAGGGAGAGGAUUUAUCAGGGUGCAUGUAAGACAAUGCUACCAGAAAGGUUGCCAUAAUUUCUAAUAGCAUUAUACUAAUUUAUAAAGGCUGUCUUGUCGAGUAGGCUGAGACUUUCUACGUAACUCCUGUGCUGGUAAGUGGGAAUUCAUUCCGUGAGCAUUCAAGGGCCCAUCACACAAUUUGAAGUAAAUAAGGGGGUGUCCUAACCAUCCCUUGCAGACUUGCAUUUCUUUCUCCUGUCACUGCCUGUAUUAUGGGAGUAUUUGCUGAAGUCUGUAGCAAAAAAGGCAAAGGAAGUAUUGGUAGCCUAGGAAGUGAAGGUGUCCAAGGAUUAGUCUUCUGCAUAUUUCACUGACAUUGUUAUUUGCUCACGGGAAAAGCUGAACUCAUCUGACUAGAAUAUCUGCAGUGGCACAGCUGUGUGGGAAAGGUGAUGAAGCUGAACCAUGUGUCAGUGUCACACUCAAAAGUUGAAACUCAGUGGAACUUGCUGUGGUGGGAGGGAGGCUGGAACUGAAGGUUACCAAGAAGCUUGUAAUGCCAGAUCCAAGAGUUAUGGGAAGGAACCAGCUGAAAGAACAGAAUCUCAUGAGCAGAAGUGGCAGAAACAAAUUUCAGGUGAAAGUAAAGUGACGUGAAAUGUUUCCUUUUCCCGCAUGUAAGCUUAUCAACAGAUAGACAGAACCUUGUUAACUAUUUACCUUUGCAUAAGAACUGUGUUUUCUUGGGUUUUUCUCCUUACUAAACCAGACUUACAGUACAGUAAGACAGGAAUAGCAUGGCAACUGCAUGAUAAUAUAAGUUGGACCAAUUCUGCCUUCAAUAUCAAGUUGCAGACGCAGUAAGAGUUCUAACUUUCAUUGAUAUUGCUGGCCUUUCCAAAGCAGUCAGCGACAUCAGAGAGGGCUCUGCUUAAGAGAAAUAAGUGCUAGGUCUCCCCAAAUGUAAAGAAAAUGAGGAAGAGUAAAAUUAAGCUUUCCAUGGAGCAACUGAGUUUUUUGGGAAACAUGCAGAAGCAGUCCUGUCCUUAGAUUGUAUCAAUACUGCAUCUACUAGUUUAAGAUUUUUAUAGCUUUGCAAUUAUUUGCAGUGGGAGAAGAACAGGGGAAUGAAAGAAUAGGCACACUGUUUUGUUUUCAUGCAUGUAUAUACACAAUUUUGUAGCAUUUACAUUUAGGAAGGAAUACAAGAAAGACAUCGGACAAACCCCAAAACAUUGCUGAUGCUCCGUAAAUGGGGACUGCACGUCCCAGAUGCUGCUGAAAAAGCAUCUAUGCAAAUGUACAGCCCUUUGUCCAGUGCUUUGUUGUGAAAAGUAUUGCUGCAAGUUCAGUCCUGCAUCUCAAACUUCCUGCACUGGAAACUUUCUGCAUACCUAAAGGGGGUAUCUUUCCUCUGCUGGGUUCUUUCUCCCGGAAUAAUGCAGUUUGAUAAGUUUGUCGCACUAUUUCUCUGUUUGGACUGUAAUGGUUUGUAUUUCUGAGGGAUUGGAAUAGAGGAAAACUGCAGUUUCAUCACUGUCAAAUACUCUGCUGCCCUGCAACUUGUGGAGCCACUGCACAGAUGGAAAUAGGGUAGUGUCAGUCCGUUCUGCGUUUUUUUGUGUACCUGCUUUCAGUGCACAGCAGGGGCCCCUGCAGCCCAGAUGCUUCUUUUCUCUUGUCAUUCUCUGCUUGUGCCAUCAACUUCUCCUUAAGCAUUUCAUUUGAUGGACUGGACUUGGAGAUAAUGGUAGCAGUUAGUACAGAUUGCUUUAUAUGAAAGCUUUCAAUCUUUCCCCCUCAAAGUGUCCUGUUUGCAGAAAGCAUUCUAUAAGUCAUUCAUUAAUGCCUUUUGAUGCUGCUGGAGGAAGGAUUGGUGUUUGUUUUCUGCUAAGCAAUAGCUUAGAUUUCCUGUUUACUAUGUGUAUCCUCUCCAGUCUUUUUUCAUACCCAUUCUGUGAAGAGUAACCAGCCUAGCCUUUCAUCUUAAUGCACACGACUGUGCCACAAAACAUUGUACAUCGCGUUAGAGAUCUUGGAGCUUCCUUAGUUGAGUGGGUAUACUCCAGCUGAUACAGUGCAGCCCAACAUCUAGGUGUGCUAGUUUGGUACCUGCAAGCAGCACAGCUGUGCUUGCUUGUCUUUCAGCAAACUAUCACUUCAGGUGCAGCUGCCUGUGGAAGCACUGGUGCCAUGGUUUCUGCCUACUUCAGGACUUUUUACAUCCUCUCAGGGGGCAGGAAAGAAAAGGAAGACAUUCACCCCAUGCAUUUUGCAAUCUGCCUUUUCCCCUCCUGAGCAGCCCCUUUGCAGAGAUAAUGCUCCUACUUUUAGGUCACUUUGGGUAAAAUUUCACUCAGCCAUAUCCUGUUUGCAAUAGCUAGGGAGCUCCUGAGGGGGCCUUCUGGGCUCGGGACCUACACUUGUGUUUUGCAGCAAAAGAGCUGUAGGGGGGAAUCCUUGUUUGCUUGGUCUUACUGGGUGAUAAAACCCCUGUACCCUGUAGGACUCUUAGGAAACCCAUUUUCUCCAAAGAUGGUUAUGUAUAAAUUGCAGGACUGUGCCCUCAAUGUUCCACCCCGCCAAAUAUAAACUAGACUGAGAAGUGUAUGUGAGUGUAUGUUGGUGAUGAACUUCAGCCAGCUGACUGACAAAGGGGCAGGGAAACUGAACCCCUGAACGGGAACAGAACUCUUUUGCCCACACUUACUAUUCUGUCUUGUAUUGCUGGGGUUCCCCCAUGCCAUUUUAAAAAUGUUAAUAAUGUCUUUAGGCAGAAAGUGAUGUUUUGAUUUAUUUGUGGGUUUUUUUCUAUUACAAUAAAAAUAAAUACAGCAAAUUUCCUGUUUGAAUGCAUGUGCCCAUGCAGCUGCCCAGCGAAUGCAGCUGACCAGAAGUCAUCAUCUUUACUCUGAUCCCAGCCGGGAAGUGCAGGAUGAGAAAUUGUUCAAGCAGUUUGCGCCAAGUACUGCUACUGAAAGUAGUGGUGGCUACUGCCCUUUCCUGAACUGGCCACAGGCAAUAUUCUUAUUUAAUUUUGGAAAAAUUUUUCUUCUGUAAGUACUGUGGUAUCUAAAAUCAUACUCCUGAGGCUUGACACAGCUUGGAUGCGCUUAAAGAUGAUGUUCUGUCAGCACAGGUUUUGUACAGCCCUUGCUCAUUUAAGUGUGCAAGAAUGAAAUGUCUAAUGUCUGCUGCUGAAGAAGAGGCUCAGCAGAGUUUAAACAUGGGAAAAGGCUCUAAGCUUGAUGCUGCUACUUCAAAAUGGAAAAAAAAAAAACCUAAAAAGCAGUAGACUAAGAAGUAGACUUCAUGCCUGGGUUCCUCUGAAGCUGCAGAGGAGAUAUUGGUGAGGAUUAUGUAGCACUGCCCCAAAUAUCUGGCUCUGGGGAAGACAUUAAUUCUGCUUGGUUUGGCCUUCUGCAUGCUUAUUGAUGGCAUCCAAAUGAUAAACCACACAGGCUGUUUCUGUAACAGUCUGUAUCAGCGUAAUACAGAAGAGGUCUUGUAACAGAAGGAGGUUGUAACAAAGAUGCAUGAUUGUGGUUAUUUUGGGCUGUGUUACUUAGAUGUGGUGCUAGUUUGCUAUCAGGUACUAGUACUGGCCCCACACAAAAUACCUGCAGUUGGGUAUUUUAAAAUUUAAUUAAUUUUUUUUUUUUAAUUUAAAAGAAAACCUUGACUUUACUAGCAGCCCUAGACAGAGUGUAAGACAGUUGCUCACAGUAGCUUACCUUCUAAACUUCUAACAAAAUACAUGCCUUUGCUACUAGUAGCAGAGAUUUUAUUCCUGAUGAUGCCUUGAGCGGCAGUCAAGCGAAUGUAUCCAGUGGUUGAAGCACAAAGUAUUAAAUAACCACAACAGCCACAGUAUCCCUGCUCAGAGCUAACCUGGAUGAAGGAACAAGCUGUACGCAGCUGUGCACUUCACCAAAAGGCGGGCUUAUGCUCUCAGGGAAACCAAGAUGUCCCAAGUCCUCACUGGGUGAUACCAAAUGGCCAUGGAGGUGCUGGGAGAGGUGUUUUGACUCAAAGAGAGUUUCUAAAGCAGUGUGACAAAUAAGCUGUAGAAAGCACAGCAGGUAGUUCAAGUUUUGGAAAGCUAUGCUGGUAGCAUAAACCUGAUGACACUUCAGGAGUGUGAAAAUGUGAAUGCUGACUGAAUUUUAACAGGCUUCCCAAUUCAGGAAAGUGCCCCGAGGUGGCACUGCUGCCUCGAAGCACAGGGAUGCACCUGAGCCUGGGGAGAGUGGCUGGGAUGUCCAUAGUAAUGUCAGUGCAACAGGCAUGGAGCCAGGUCUCUCCCAGACAAGAAAGCUGCAGGUAGGAGCAGCCAGGAGACAAGACCAUGGGGCAGCUUGGACUACAGCAAGAACCUGGUAGCAAGGACACUACAAUGCCAGGGUUGCAAUAGGUGUGAGCUGGCAGGUUUUCCUAAAUCUGUGCUUAUUUCAUCCAGACUGGGAAGUCUUGUCCUCAUACCAUACCAUGGUUUAUGGAAAAUAAAGGCUUGCAUUCCUGAAA